GCUCUGUCAGCCAUAGCAGUGUGAAACCCAGUAUUACCCAAAUGUGCUCUUUCUACAUACAAGAGAUACACAUAAAAGAAGUACAAACAAUGGAAGGGGCUAGAAUCAUUUUCAUGCUACAGUUUGCCUUUUCUUCUCUGCCAAACGCUUAUCAUUAUAUGUUAAGUGUCAUUUCCUGAAAUAAAUUCCUCUUUGACAUGGAGCCCAGACACAGAUGGAUCAACCUUUUUUAAAUUUUUUAUUAUUUUCAGUCAGCGCUUAUCUGGCAAAGACAGCAAUUUUGUUCAGAGAACCAAUGAGAAAAGUGACUUCAUCUGUUUCCUCAGUGAUCAUUUUUGACUCUAAGCACACAGGAAGUCCUGAACAGUGAUGAAGUAGAAGGAAGAAGCACCCGAACCUACAGGAGCUUAUCAGUGAAGAACAUACAGAGUUGCUACAGAAAUGGAUUGAUGUGGGAAGAGAUGAGAGUUCGAAGGAAACCAUUGUACAAAAAGGUGCCCACUGUAAUGGAGGCCAGGUGUAAAACAGAAUGGAUGCAGUGGUGAGAAGACUAUGACACCCAAACUUGUUAUUUAUUUUAUUAUGAUGUAUUGGGGUGCAUUUGCCCUGAUUGCUACCACAGUGGCCAUGGCAACAAUGGGGUCAUCUCUGGAGAAAAAGGCCAUUUACAAUAACUCUACACAACAUUAUUUCAAUAUUUCUCCCAGAGCAACAACGGAAACCAAGCUUACAUCUCAAUCAGCAGAAGUUCAGUUAACUAAGUCUGCAGUGGUUAGUACUCCUGCUGUCCUAGACUGUCCUCAACACAGCUAUGUAUUAGCAGUAUGGAGGAUAUAUUUAAAGAAUGGAACAAGUUGCUACAUAUCGUACAAAAGAGAGACAAAUUCAACAGAAAGAAACUGCAGUAAGAACAUGAAUUGGGUCUCCAGACCAGACCAGAUAUCUGCUCUUCGUCUAAAGUCGCCAGAGUUUUCCAGUGAAGGAAUAUACAUGUGUUCUAUUGCCUAUGCUAGGGGAACUUUCAUCUAUAAAUACAAUCUAACUGUAUUAGCACCUCCUGAAGUCACUUUGACUCAUACCAUCAAUGGAACUGCUGUGUGUAAAGCAGCUGCAGGAAAACCAGCAGCACAGAUCUCAUGGGCCCAACGGGGAGAUUAUGACACUAUGAAGGAAACUCUGCAUAAUGGCACAGAGACAGUCACCAGUAUAUAUAAUACCACCAACACUAAUGAAGAUGAAGUUGUUUGUAUCAUCUCUCACCCUGCUUGGAAGGAUGCCCGCAUCUUAAAUAUCUCAUUAGACAGAUAUAAUGAAAGAAGGAAAGAUGCUACAAUGAAAAUUCUCUAUAGUAGCCUCGCUGGUCUCUUGGGAAUCCUUGUGCUUUCACUUUUCAUCUAUGCCUGGAGAUUCUUCUAUGGAAGACAAACAGACCCCACCAUAAUGAAAAGCCCUGAAACAAUUUCUGCAAGACAGAGCAUCCAGGACAAUGAGUUGGAGCCAUAUGCUACCUUUGUGCAAGUGGAAAACAUGAUCUAUGACAAAACUGGUGACUUCGUACAGGCUUGAAGACUUCCCAACAGGAUGUUCAUGUUCACCACCAAACUAUGUGAGGAUAUGUGAAAGAACAACACAUAACUACGGCAAAGAAAACCAAGUGUUUUUUUUAAAAAUCAACUUUCCUGUUGAGCAUUAAUACUUUUGAGUUUGGGUAUUCAUGCCAUGGGCUCAGUAAUGCAACUGUUGUCUCCGAUAAUGUUCCAUAUCCACACUUGUUGGCUGAAAAGCCAGAGGCAAUUCUUUAUAUUAAAAAAAAGGAUGCAGAAUGAUAA